ACCACUUAUGCUUACGGGCUUGGGUGGACCGACACUGAGCAGCGGGUCUGGCUGAAGAUAAGCUGCUAAUGAUUUUCUUUACUCGCUGUUUGAGCAGUAUUGCCAUAUAAGCAGAUGCAACAUUGGGUGCAAAUGAGAUGAGAAAAUAUCCGGUCUGCUGCAGUUGCAGAAUUCUGAGUGCGAAUUACUUUGAUGCCUCCUCCUCUUAACCACCCAUGCCUCCAUCUCGAGCUGUUACCACAAACGUUCUUCGUCAAGCAGCUGCCCGCUGACGCAGGCAUACCUCCCGAGAUUUUCAACGAGCUGAAUGUUCAGGGAGGAAGUGAUAUACAUAGGCUUUUUUCGGUUACCCGGACUGCAGAAGAAAUAUCUAUUGUAGGAGAGUCUGCGACUGAAGAAGGAGGGGACUGGAGAUGCAUCAAGAUAGCGGGACCGAUGGACUUUGGUUUGACGGGAGUGGUGAAUAGCUUCACGAGUCCUCUGAAGGAUGCUGGCGUGCCAGUGUUCGCUAUAUCCACCUGGAAUACGGACUAUGUUCUGGUCCCCAAGGCGCAGGCUGACCGAGCAGUAGCGGCCUUGUGUGCUGAUCAAUGGACGUUUGUUAUUUCAGUUGAGGAAUGAACACUGCACACGUUCCCAUAAAUGUUCAGUCAAAGAGCGGUGAUGAUUAGAAUAGUCAAUGAUAGUGAAGGAAAAACAUAAGAAUAGAGACAUGCUAAAAUUACUGUAAAUUGACGCGAA